GUCUUGGGUUCGCUGCUUAAUCUGUGUGAUAUUGGUAUGUGGCUUUUGCCUCCCUCUUCUUCAUCUUGGUCUCCAUCACCACCUUCUGCCUGGAGACCCAUGAGCGGUUUAACCCCAUCGUGAACAAAACAGAAAUUGAAGUCAUUAGGAAUGGCACCCAGGUGCGCUACUACCGGGAGGCAGAGACCGAGGCCUUCCUGACCUACAUCGAGGGGGUCUGCGUGGUCUGGUUCACCUUUGAGUUCCUCAUGCGGAUUGUCUUCUGCCCCAACAAGGUGGAGUUUAUUAAGAAUUCAUUGAACAUCAUCGACUUUGUGGCCAUCCUGCCUUUCUACUUGGAGGUUGGACUCAGUGGCCUGUCUUCCAAAGCUGCCAAGGAUGUCUUGGGUUUUUUGAGAGUGGUCCGGUUCGUGCGUAUCCUGAGAAUUUUCAAGUUGACCCGCCAUUUUGUAGGCUUGCGGGUCCUGGGGCACACCCUCCGUGCCAGCACCAAUGAAUUCUUGCUGCUCAUCAUUUUCCUGGCCUUGGGUGUCUUAAUCUUCGCCACAAUGAUCUACUAUGCUGAGAGGAUAGGUGCUCAACCCAAUGACCCCAGCGCCAGUGAGCACACGCACUUUAAGAAUAUCCCCAUCGGCUUCUGGUGGGCGGUGGUCACCAUGACGACACUGGGCUACGGAGACAUGUACCCACAGACAUGGUCAGGCAUGCUAGUGGGGGCGCUGUGUGCGCUCGCAGGGGUGCUGACCAUUGCUAUGCCCGUGCCCGUCAUCGUGAACAAUUUCGGAAUGUACUAUUCCUUAGCUAUGGCUAAGCAGAAGCUACCAAAGAAAAAAAAGAAACACAUUCCGAGACCACCGCAGCUGGGAUCCCCCAAUUAUUGUAAAUCUGUCGUAAACUCUCCACAUCACAGUACUCAGAGUGACACAUGCCCGCUGGCCCAGGAAGAGAUUUUAGAAAUUAACAGAGCAGGGCCAGAAAUCCUAGGAGCAGGGCUGGAGGAACAGCAGAGGGAUGGGGGCUUCAGAAGAAGAUGGGGGGAAUGGCUAGAAGGACAAAGCAUCUAAGAAGGACACAGUUUUGGACCUUGGACUAAACUAUAUCAGCUUGCUGGGGAAUCACAGAACCAUAGAAAUCUCAGAGCUGGAAGGGACUUCAGAAAUCAUUUAAUCCAAACUGUUUCUGAGUAAGAAUUUCUUCCAAGUGACCAUAGAACCUCUGCUUGAAGACAUCCAGAGAUGGGGAACUCACUACUUCCUGAGGCAACCCAUUCUUAUUUUGGGACAACUCUCAUUGUUAGGAGUUUUCUCUUUAUGUCAGGUAGAAAUCUAUCUAAGUGAUCAUUGCUUAAAUUAGCCAAAAGUAGCAUAGCAACACCAUUACCUGUUGAAGUAGGACAAAUGACCAAUUUCUAUUUUUAUUUGAAGGUAAGAUCAUAUUGUCUUUUGUCAGACACACCUGUUAUUAUCCCAAUGAAAGUUUUUAUUAACUGAUGUAUUUGCAAAGGACAAGGAGACCAGAGAUCACAUUUCCUCAUGAACAGACUGGAAUCAGAAAGGGCUUUGAAUGAUAUUAGCUAACUAUAAAAUACAAUGACCGCAUUUAGUGUACAUUAAUCUGCUUCCUUCCUUCAAAUGUUUCUCCAUUGCAAAAGGAACCACACUGCCUUUUAGGAUUCUAGUUCCUUAAUGCCAACCCAAUGGACCUAACCUUGACUUUGGUUUUCACUUUUCUGUCUUUCCCAUAAUUCCUUGAUCCCUAAAUCCCAGUUUAAGACCACCAGACCCUUUGGACCCUUUUUGGCCCUUGAGUCCACUUGACUUCCUGCUGUACCUAUUCCUUAAUUACCUUUUACUCCUGCUGCCAAAAUAGGCUGUCCAGUUUUGGCAUCCACUCAAAAUUUCUCCUCUUCCUUCUGCCACUACCAGCUCCAGGGCAUAAAAGGAAUUUCUGGAUCUUACCAGAAUAGAGGCAACGUAGUAGAGAUAAAUACAGAACCAACCUCAGAAUCAGAAUAUCCUGAGAUCGGGUUUAGCUGGUGACACAUACUGGCGAUAGGACCCUGGACAGGGCAUCCAACCUCUCAUUGCUCUAGCGAACUCUUGUAAGACUAGAAAUUGAAGUGAGGAACCAACCUGCAUCCAUAGAGGGAGUUUUCUCUUCUAUCUCAAUGACAUCACAAGUCCAGUCUGUAUCCCUGUUCCAAUUCAUAAGAGAAAAGAGAAUUUACAGUUUCAGAAAUGAUAUACUUAGGGUAUUAAUUAAAUAAUUAGAAGUAUUUCUGUAUCCAUAUAGCCACAAAUAUCUAUACACAACCCAGUCAAAGACAGGUAUCUAAACUUUCUAAGCUGACCCCCAACCAAAAGUUCCUUAGCUCAGCCUCCAUUGUCUUCCCUAGGCUAGGAGUACUUGUCAUAAUAUCCAGCUUCCUUGUCUCCCCUUUUCCCCCAAUCAAGUCUUCUGGAUACUUGACCUGAGUUUGUUCAUCCAACCCAUAACUUCAGGCUCACUCUCAGAAGGCUUAUCAGGAAACUUCAUUAGUGGUUGACUUUUAGCACCCUGACCCUUUUCCUAUAUAAUCUCUUAGCUAGCUUGUCUGUUGUCUGUCAAAAGGGGGAACGGGACAGAAAGAUCAGGACGUUUUUCCUAUCACCCACAAAGCAGAAUAUCCUGAGCCAACCCCUACUUUUCUCCCAGAGUUUCAUAAAAGUCAAUUAUUAUAAUCUUCAUGGGUAGUGAAGGCUCAAGUUUGGAAGGGACAUGAACUCCCAGAACGAAGGAGGGUUUGGGCUGGAAGUGCUAGGUUUUCAGGAAUAGGGGAGGAUCAGAGCUAGAGGAACAGUGACUCCAAGGACACUAGAGGGAUAGGGGUCAGAGAAGGCUUCAGGAUGGGCCUGAAGAGACAGAAGCUCUAGGAGCAGAAUAGAGUCAAGGCUGGAAGGAUAGAGAUUCCAUGGAGUAUGAGAUGAGAAGAGAUGAAAAUGAAAAGAUAGGAGCUUCAUGGGCAAAAGAGAGUCAGAGCUGGUGGAAUAGAGAUUCUAGAGCAGGAGUUCCUAAGUUUUGCUUUUUUAUCAUGGGCCCCUUUGGCAGU